CCUGACUGUAGAAUAUCCCGACCUUCUUUUUUUCAUUUUUUUUUCUCUUUCUUUCUUUCUUUCUUUUUCCCACCUUUUUCUUACAUUUAAAUAUAUAUAUAUUCUCUCUCUAAAAUGACUGAUAGAGGGAAUACUUAUCAACGUCAAAGACGUCGUAGUCAAGGUUUACGUGAAAUCUUGGCUCUUUUUCAUGUAUCCAUCAUGGUACUUGGACUCAUCAUGGCUUGUAGUGGUGCAUAUCUUCUCGCAGGCAAUGUCAGUUUAAGUACUAGUAUGGGAUUAUUGUCAAUAGGUGGUAUAGUAGGCUUAAUGAGCUUCUUGGCAGGUUUUGGAAGUCAUCAAGAACAUGCUGGAUUUUUAAAAGUAUAUUGUGGUUUCACGGCCUUGGCACUGUUUUGUCAACUGAUGAGUUUAGGUUGGCUUUAUAUUCAAUCUCAAGAUCAUAUGUUAGAUGCCAAAAUCAAGAUAAUAUGGGACUUUUUUUAUACGCAUGAUGAAUGGUUUUUAUUGGAUAUUGAACAAUUGUUUCAUUGUUGUGGUUAUGCAUCUCCUCAAGAUCGACCUGUUCCCUUGACUUGUCAAAUUUCUACUAUAGGAUGUAAAUCAGCUUGGCUUCAAUUUGGUACAACUUGGCAUCAUGGACUUUUAGUUGGAUUAUUUAUAUUUUUGAUUCUUCAGAUGGGAUCUCUUUUAAUAACAUUGAUUACUUUGAUGAUGGUAGAAAAGGAAGCAAGAGAAGAUGAACUUCAUGAAAGUUUAUUACAAAAUUCAUGUAUUGGUAGUCGAUUAUAUCAUCAUCAUCUACUUGGAGAAGGGGAUAGUCGACUUCGACAAUACAAUGCUUGGUCAUCUCAUUAUUAUCCACAACGUACCAUUGGCAACAAACGAAACCAAAGUCCACCUCAUUAUGGAGCUCUUAUUUGAUCUACCAUCUUUUUUUUUAUUCAAUAGUAUAUAGUCAAUUUUUUUUUAUUCCCUUUACUUUCUUAGUUUACAUAUUAUAUAUAUAUAUGUCUAGCUUUUGCACAUAGUUUUUUUUUCUUUUUAUACCUUAUGUUAUUGUACAAUACUUUAUUCAUUCAACAUCACAAAACUAAAUAAAGAAAAUUUUAUUUUUGACAAAAAAAAAAAAU